AAAAAAAAAAAUACACAAGACAAUGGCAAUUGCUUACUUUAUACCCGAUCAGGCGCAACUGUUGGCCAGAAGCAGGCAACAAAGUGCGCAACAAGCAGCAGGCAGCGUCGGCUCCAGUCCAGCGAAUCCCAGACAGCACGAGUCCCGACAACAGCAGCAGCAGCGGCAACAACAACAACAACGUCAACAACGCGCCGGCAAUACACAAUUUCGCGCCAACAUAUCGGUGCCGCUGGGACGCGAACAGGGUGCCAUGUCCAUGUCGGAGUUUGGCUGCUGGGAGCUGUUGGCCCAAAUCUUUUGCUACGCCUUGCGCCUCUACAGCUACAAUCCCGCACAGCGCAGGCCGACGGUCAUUCAAAUCUCGUUCGAGAUCAGCAGCGGCACAAGCGAUGCAGAUGCAAACAUAGAAGAUGCAGAUGGAGUUGAAGAUGUGACUGAUGCGACUGCGAAGCGACGGGAGUAGAUAUUUGAUUAGGAGACGCUAAGACUACACACAACUGACUAUUGUACAGUUAUUUUGGUGGCAGCUCAAUCAAAGCGCAUUGUGAUUUUUUGGGAUUAUGGAGUUUGAAGUUGGUUGAGAGGAGUUUGUAAAGUUGAAAGUGCUAACGAAAUGUAUUUUAUAUUUGAGUAUUUAAACGAUUUUUAAGAAAAUUCAAAAUUUGUCAUCGAUUUGCUGAAAGUGAUAUAAUAUUUUAUUGGUACUUUUUGGUGUCAAAUUUUUGUAGUAAUCUUUGCCAAAAGGCAAGAACGAGAGAGAUUGAGAGAGGGGAAGAGCUGAGCAGUGAGCAUUUUGUAAGUUUAAGUUUCAGAUGUAAAAGGUUUCGGGUUGUAAAAGUUGGUUCAAAUAGGCGUAGCUGCAGGACUCGUUCAUUUACAAAUUUUGAUUUAAAACAAAAACCUAAAAUAUAGCCAUUUAACUAAUUAGAAUCUGUGUCUACAACUAAACAGUCAAAACAACACUAAACACUAUCAUAUAUACUACAUUAAAGUACAUAUGCCACACAUAUUACUAAGUAUAUGCAACUAUAUGUCAAAUUUUAGCAUUUCUACUAGCGUAAAAUAUAAAUGUACCCCACACAAAAAACAAAUACUAAAUUAUGAUAUUCUUACUGAACCAACAAAAUGUAACAAAUGAAAUACAACAAAGACAACAACUA